AUGAUCUUAUUUGUUUCAGCAUGUGAUUAUCCAACAGGUGUGGUAAGCAUUGUCCAAGAACAAAUUGAUCAAGCGACAGAAUACAAGGGCCAGUUGACUAAGAAAGAGAAAAGCAUUAAUGAUCCUGCUAUGAAGAAAGUCUAUCAGGCAGAGAUCAGAAUGAUUGAUGAGCAAAAUGAACGACUAAUGAUGCAGCUACUACACUAUUGUGCAGGUUUGCAGCAUUGCCUUGAUCAACAAGAAGAAGAACGUCAAAAGGUUGAACAAGCUCAACCCACUCUUCCUGUUUCUGCUGGUCUUCAGUCAAAUUCCUCCAGUCCAUUACCAGUCCUUUCCAUUUCGGUUGUGCCUCCUGAUGUAACAGAAGGAAUGAUGGAAGCUAAUGAAGGUAGCAUCAAUGAUGGCACAAACAUUGAUAAUGGUAGCGAUGGUGAUGGCUAUGGAAACGGUAACGGUGUUUUUGACAGCAGUAGACCAAGCAUGAAAGCCACUAAUGCAAUGAGAUCUAGUGGUGCAGUCACUGGAGGUGGUGCCUCAGAGGAGCUAGAACACAGUAUUUCCAAAUACCCACAAAUGUCCGUUGUGAUAUCACCACCAAUGCUACCACCAUCACCACCGUCACCAACAACACCAACACCAUUGCACCACCAAGAAGAAGAAGAAGAAGAAGAAGAAGAAGAAGAGGAACAGGAACAAAAUGAAGUGCCAGUUCAACAACAACAACAAUCUCCAUCACCUCUCACCACCACAGUCACUCCUCACCAAGAUCAUCUCCUUCCAGAAGCAGCUGCUCUACUACAGCCCGCGCAACAACCGUCGUCGUUGUUGUCAUCAUCAUCAUCAUCAUCAACGUCUCCCGCAACUGCAGCCUGGUCAUCAUUGUCAUCAUCGUCAUCGUCAUCGUUACCGUCAUCGUCGUCGUCGUCGUCAACAACAGCCACACCUGCAGCAGCAACAGCAAUAGCAGCUACUGCAGCAGUAACAACAACAACAACAACAACUUCAACCACAACAGCAACAACUAUUAUACCGACAACGUCACCUGAAUCGCAACCACCAACAACACCAGGAGUAGCAGCUACAACUACAACAACAACAACAACAGCAGCAGCAGAAGCAACAACAAUUAAUCAGCCACAAAUUGCUGACAAACAACUAAAUUUACUUAGCAAGUCUGUAGAAUGUUCCGAUUCUUGACAACUGAACAUAUCCUGAUCUCCAAUUACCAUUGGUUACUGAUUAUAUCAUGUGACUAUUUACUGUCACUGACAAUGUCCAAGGCCUAUUGGUCAUUAAGCUAAAUUUAAAAUAUAUAUAUAUAUAUAUAUAUAUAAUAUAUAUAUAUAUAUAUAUACACACCCAUUAUAACUAAAUCAUUAACUGUUAACCCGAACAAGUAUGUGCUGCUGUAUAAGGCUAGUUUGCACAGUUGUGUACAUACAUAAAGCAUGCAUGAACACACAUACAUGUAUGCAUGUCUGAAUAAAUAUGUGUGUUUGCUUUUGUGUUUGUAAGGCUGACUCAAUGAACAAAUGCAUUGUUGAUGUGUUGGAAUUUAGAUGCUUGGUAUAUAUGCGUGUGUGUGUAUGUAUAAAUAUUUGUGUGUUAGUAUGUCUGAGCGAGUGUGAAUAUGUAUAUAUGCACACACACAUACAUGCUCAUGUAAGCAUGUAUAUGAAUGCACCUCU